AUGAGGGGGGACACGGCGGUCAGCGCUUGCAGCACGACGUACCAAGAACAGCUGAGGCACUGUAGGGCUCAAUUUGAUGAUUUGGCCUCUCAGCAUGCUCUCACUGUCCAAAUUCUCAAAGGAAAAGAUGAAGAGAUCGAGAUGCUACUUCACGCCCAAGGGGAGGCCAACAGGACGGUGGCAGCACUGCAAGGGCAAGUGGUGCAGUUGAACCACAAGCUGAGCCGCUGGGUGAACCAUGUUGCAGACUGCGAAGACAAGAUAUAUCAGUUGGAAAACAUCCUUGCGGACGUCCGCGAAAGGAGUGCUUACGACUUGCGAAGCGCCCGGUGGGAGCUCGAAAAGGCCAAGGAAGCGCAGUUCAUGGCCGAUUCUCUGCGAGACAAAGCCCAACGCACUCUAGAAGCCAUCGGGUCCAGCGUCUCUGCCGCCGUACACAAAGCUGUCCGUGACAAAGAAAAAAUCCCGGGCUCUAGUGCGAACAGCAGUCCCCAGAGCUGCGUGGAACGCCUCAUCGCUCAUGUAUACCGCCAAGAGAGCAUCCUGGGCAGCAUCGAAGCCACUCUUGACGGCAGCGAGGAGAACCACACCACCAAAGAGGGCAAGGAAGAACGGCAAGCGACCAUAUGA